AUGGAAGCAUCAAAAGUUAUUGACACCCCCAUUGCCACAGUUACGCGUCUAGACAUGGAUGAACCUGGUUCCCUUGUAAAUCAAACCAUGUACAGAGGCAUCAUAGGAUCACUCCCGUAUCUCACUGCAAGCAGACCAUACAUUGUGUUCAGCGUGGGUCUCUGUGCAAGGUUACAAUCAAAUCCAAAGGAGUCUCAUAUGAAGGCUGCUAAAAGAAUAUUGAGAUAUCUUAAAGGAACGCAAGACCUGGUUCUCUACUAUCCCUCAAGUGACAACUUUGAUCUAGUUGGGUAUGUUGAUGCUAAUUAUGCAGGAUAUCUGGUGGACAGUAAAAGCACGUCUGGAAUGGCACAUUUUCUAGGUUCUUGUCUCAACUCAUGGGGUACAAGGAAGCAAAACUCGGUGGCACUCUCAACUGCAGAAGCGGAAUAUGUAGCAGCUGCCUCUUGUUGUGCUCAAUUGCUAUGGAUCAAACAACAGCUAGAAGACUUUAGAGUAUUCUUUGAUUGUGUGCCCCUCUUGUAA